GAUUAUGGUGAUAAUCGUGACGCGGUUGGCAACACUUCUCUUUCACCAAUUAUUGACAGACGGUUAGGUCAUCACCACUUCGAACAUGCCGCGCGAACUUCACGAAAUUAAGCAGUUCCUUCUCACGGCGCGCAGGAAAGACGCCAAAUCCGUCAAAAUCAAGAAAAACCCCGAAAACACCAAGUUCAAGGUGCGCUGCUCGCGAUUUUUGUACACUCUGGUGAUCACGGACAAGGAAAAGGCGGAAAAACUCAAACAGUCCCUUCCACCAGGCUUGCAAGUGAAGGAAGUGAAGUAAAUGUUAAUAAUUUUACUUUUGUAACUUAAUAUAAACGUUAA